GCCCCGAGGAGGAGCCCAGCUGGGGAAACCCUCCCCGCCCUCAGUGUCCUACAUCUUCCACAGGGGGAACAGCAGCGCCGCUGGAUUUACGCGGAUUUAUUUCAAUUUUUUAUUUAUUUUAUUUUUUUUUUCCUCUCCCCUUUUCUCUUCCCACGCAGUAAAUCCCAGCCCUGGCUGCUCCCGGCGCCGCUCGCAGCCCGGCGGGGAGUGGGAGGAAGGGGAUGCUCGGAGGGUUUGGGAGAAUCCGGAGCAUUUCCAGCCGUGAGCUGCUCGGUCCCUGCGCCAGCUGCUGAGGCGGCUCCGGAGCCGCGGGAUUGAUGGAGAGGCGCUGAAAGCACCAACCCCACCAUGGAGCUGCCCAGCACCAAGGACUUCCAGUGGAAGUCCCUGGCGCCGCUGCCCAGCCGCAGGGUUUACUCCACGCUGGUGGAGGCGGGCGGGCAGGUGUUCGCCGUGGGCGGCUGCGACGACAACGGCGUCGCCGUGGACUCCUUCGAGGUCUACUCGCCCGAGGCCGACCAGUGGGCAGCGCUGCCCGCCAUGCCCACGGCCAGGGCCGGCGUGGCCGUCACCGUGCUGGGCAAGAGGAUCAUGGUGAUCGGCGGCGUGGGCGCCAACCAGCUGCCGCUGAAGGUGGUGGAGAUGUACAACACGGACGAGGGGCGCUGGAGGAAGCGCAGCUCGCUCCGCGAGGCGGCCAUGGGCAUCUCAGUGGCGGCCAAAGACUACAGGGUGUACGCAGCGGGCGGGAUGGGCUCGGACCUGCGGCCCCACAACUUCCUGCAGCACUAUGAUGUGCUCAAGGACAUCUGGGUGUCCCUGGCUGCCAUGCCCACCCCCCGCUACGCGGCCACGUCCAUCCUGAGGGGCUCCAAGAUCUACGUGCUGGGGGGAAGGCAAUCCAAGUACGCCGUCAACGCCUUCGAGGUUUUCGACACAGACACGCGCUCCUGGACCAGGUUCCCCAACAUUCCCACCAAGAGAGCCUUCUCCAGCUUCGUGCCCACCGAGGAGAAGCUCUUCAGCCUCGGGGGGCUGCGCCAGGGCCGGCUCUACCGCCAGCCCAAGUUCAUGAGGACCGUGGACGUCUUCGACCUGGAGCAAGGUGGCUGGAUGAAGAUGGAGCGCUCCUGCUACCUGAAGAAAAGGCGAGCAGACUUCGUGGCCGGCUACCUGCGAGGCAGAGUUGUGGUGGCUGGGGGCCUGGGGAAUCAGCCGAGCGUGCUGGAGUCGGCAGAGGCUUUCCACCCCGAGAAGAACAAGUGGGAGAGCCUCCCCCCCAUGCCCACCCCGCGCUGCGCCUGCUCCAGCAUCGUGCUGAGGGACUGCCUGCUGGCCGUGGGGGGCGUCAGCCAGGGGCUCAGCACGGCCGUGGAGGCCCUGUGCCUGUCUGACUCCUGAUCUGAGCACA